GGCUGCUUAUCUACACAGAGAUAUUUCAAAGUGGUGAUUGAAGAGAGCCUUGGUAAUGAACGCUGAUCCCUUUGGUGGCCUCUAUCAGGGAUCAGAUGCAGCUUUUCUGGAGCUGAUUUUUAUAGGGAGAUUUUUCCAGUUCAUCAAGUGGAAAUUGCUUCAGACCAAGGAUGACCUGGUUCUCAAGAAUCUAAUCUGAGCGGCAAGUCCAGCAGAAUCAAUGCAAGCAAAGCAGAAUGCCUUUUCUCUUCGAAAAACGAUGUGUUAUUUCAUUCUUGUAAAGGGAGGCACUAGGGCCCAGCGUGGAAUAAUUCUUUAAUUUCCCCACAGUGGGUGCUACACACAUACUUAUUUCCUUUAGGUCUUGUGAUGAAUUCAGCUUCACCUGGUUUUACAGAAUGGAUCAAAGAGAAAUUAUCACGCAAAAUCUGGAAACAGCCCAAAGCAGAAAGCUCAACAAAGAGGAGUUCACUAAAGAAUUUUUGAAACUGAAAAGGCAAUCGGCAACCUACAGAGCUGACAAAAUCUACCCAACGGCUACAUCUGAGCAGCCGGAAAAUAUCAGCAAGAACCGGUAUAAGGACAUCUUGCCAUAUGACCACAGCAGAGUGAAGCUCUCCCUUAUCACGUCUGACAAAGAUUCUCAUUACAUCAAUGCCAAUUUUAUCAAGGGUGUGUAUGAGCCAAAGACUUACAUAGCUACUCAGGGCCCCCUUCCCACAACUGUUGUUGACUUCUGGAGGAUGAUUUGGGAAUAUAAAGUCCUGGUUGUGGUCAUGGCUUGCAUGGAAUUUGAAAUGGGGAAGAAGAAAUGUGAGCGAUAUUGGGUUGAUGCGGAUGAGUCUCCACUCAAUAUGGGCCCUUUCUGCAUAUCCUGUGAGGCCGAAGAAAGGAGAAAUGAGUAUGUGAUUCACACUCUGAAAGUGAAGCUGAAUGACAGUGAAAGCCGAACUGUGUACCACUUCCAUUAUAAAAACUGGCCAGACCAUGAUGUACCAUCCUCAAUCGACCCUAUUCUUCAACUCAUAGAGGAGAUGCGCUGCUAUCAAGCACACAGUGAUGUACCUAUCUGUGUACACUGCAGUGCGGGCUGUGGAAGAACAGGAGUCAUCUGUGCCAUUGACUAUACGUGGACUUUGCUAAAAGACGGGAUUCUGCCAAUGAACUUCAGCCUUUUUAAUACGAUUCAGGAAAUGCGAACACAGAGGCCUUUAUUAGUGCAAACACUGGAGCAGUAUAAGUUGGUCUAUGAUGCUGUGAUUGAGCUCUUUAAAAGGCAAAUUGAGGCACUCGCUCAUCAUUCCGAUAACUUUGCUAUGGAGGCUGAAACAAGCCAUCCAAUAGCCGCAGCACUCCAGGCUCCACAUAUGGAAACUUCUUCUUUGAUACAAUUGAACAGUUCAGUGCAAGAGGAACAGGAGAAAUCUCGGAGCCUGGGCACUCGUGACAGAUAUAGAGAUGGUGCAAUUUCAAUUGGAUCCUUGAGCUUCAGCGCCGGCAGAAACAUGGAUGCCGCAGCAGGCUUGAACUCUUGGUUGCCAAGACAGCCGCUCCAUAAGCAUCACAGUUUGGACUUCAACCAUCUCUUUUGGGCAGAGCUACCUGUCACUUUAAAAUCAGGAAGUGAGGCUGGGAUCAGCUUAGAUUCAAAGGUACCUCUAACACGGACCAAAUCGACCCCUUUUGAGUUAGCCUCACAGAGAGCGUCCCAAACGUUGUCAAGAAAGGACCCUGGUUCUUGUGAGGGCCUCCAGUCUGGAGGAUUUACAGCUGACUCUAGCCUUUCAAAUAAACUAUCAAGCAACACCAAGCGUUGUCUAUUUGCGAAGUUACGCCAUCAGUCUUGUACUUGGUCAUCAGAAGAUCCUUACUUUUCUUCCCUGUCAUCGGACGAACCAUGCUCCCCAGCGCUUCCUGACCCUGCUGCGAAUCCAUCUGAAACAAUUCCCCUGCUUGCUUCUGCUGCAGAUGCCACAGCUCAGCCCUUGGAAAGUCCAGCAAGGCCCAGCUACCCACCAUGCAGCUCUGUGGCUCAGAAUAUCCCACCAGUGGGUCCAGUGGAAUCUGCCUGCCAGAGUUCUUCCCAGGUGGAUGAAGACAUUCCGCCCCCAUUGCCUAAAAGAACCCCUGAGUCCUUUAUUGUACCUGGAGAAGAUGAUGACUCUGUGUUGCCAGAUUCAAACCACCAAUCACUGUCCAAAAAUGAGAAAAUUGGAAUCUCUAAGGAAUGGAGUGGCAUGUCUCAGCUGAAAUUUUCUGAUGACUCUGUGAGACUGAGGCCAAGUAAGAAUGCAAAGCUGCAGAGACCCAGAUCAGAGAUUCCCCGGGAUCGGUCUCCUUCCCCUCCCCCACUUCCUGAAAGAACUCCUGAGUCCUUUAUUCUUGCAGAUGAGGAAUCUCAACCAUCUGUUACGAACAAUGCUGUGAGUUUCAGAGAGUCUGUGAUUAGAUCAACAGACAAGUCAUCAAAGGAAGCAAAAUGCUUCAGGAGGAGUAAGAGCUUGAAAAUUUUACGAAAUGUGAAGAACAGUAUUUGUGGUUCACCUUCAGUUUUAAAAGUUCCAGAGGCUGAACAAUCAAAUCACUCCAGCUCUGUUUUGAGGUUUGGCUUUGCAAACCGGUUUUCAAAACCCAAGGGACCAAGAGAUCCACCACCAAGUUGGAACAUUUAGUAGAACUUUGCUGAUGCCCUUUGUCUCUGCAGGAGCCUUGCCUUUCUGUCAUCAGUUCAGCAAUUGGAGUCUACGGCAAGACCAACAUUUGGAACAAAAUGGCUUUUGUUGUGGUGCUACUAGAAAGAUAGCAUAUGUGACCACUAUAGACAAAAUAUAAUACUGAACUGUGAAAGUCCCUGGUUUCUGUUCACGUUUCCAAUGAAGGACUAUUUGUCAAAACAAUACAUUGCCGAACAAAGAGAAGUGUUGGGGCUCACACCUUUCCCGAAGCAACAGCAUCUUUCCUGGGGGUGUGUACUCCAUUCCAGGAGGCAUUAGCGAAGAAGUGGCUCACCAGGGGGAAAUGCUGAAGAUGAGAGGCACUGUUAUUUAUUAGUAAUUAUUGUGUUCCAAGAAUUGAGUGAUAUUCAGUUGUGGAUUUUUCAAGCUCAGACCUUUCUUUUGAAAUAUAUCAGAAACUGUUAGGGAAUUCCUCUGCUGUAUUCUCACGCAGAGGACAUUUAUUUGCAUGAAUGUAAUGGACACCAGGUAAUCGUUGGUGGACACAGAAGCAAUAGUUGUAUCCUGUGAUUUCCAGUACUGUAUGUAACUGAAGUAGGAGGUCAGCCAUCCACAGGUGCCCUGUCUCUAAAAAAUCAACAAGUAAGCAAGCAGUUUUGGCUGCCUACAUUUAAAAUAAAACCAAUCAUCCUUCAAGCAGCCAUUGGGGUGUUUCCAAACCAACUGCUUGGUUUUGAUCCUGAGUCUUGUUGAAAUUUUAAGGAAUAAUUCCUGACCAUUUUAAUACUCUGGCAUGUGGUGCCUCAACACCUGUGACAAGAUUUUCUCCAGCUGGGAUCUGUUUCCCCCAAACGUUCAAAAUUAGGAGUUUUUUAUUUGCCCUUUCACUCCUAUCUUUUGCAACCAGAACUUGAAAUUCUCUCUCACAAGUUUGUGGGCUAGAAUUUUGGGAUUGCAAAGGUUUUAUACUUUGCACUGAAGCAGUAUUCUCCAAGCUCAAAUGUUCAAAGUACCGGUGUAUAAACACAUAAGGUGCAUUAUGCAAGGGGCACCUACAGGAUAAGGUAUUUGCAUUGUGGAAACACUCCCAGAUGGCUGGAGCAAGUGAGAUGGAGAACAGAACAAAGAAGGGGGGUGGGGGAUCAGGCACAACUGACAGACUUUAUUUCUGUAAAAAAAAAAAAGACUUGAAAAACCAAACUUAAAGAAACCCUAAAGCAUUUAAUGGAAUGUUUAUAUGGGAGUUGCAAUAUAAUAAAAUAAAAUGUUUUAUUUAUUUA